UCGUCAGCUUCGCGAAACAGAUCGUCAGCUUCGCGAAACAGAUCGUCAGCUUUGCGAAACAGAUCGUCAGCUUCGCGAAAGAGAUCGUCAGCUUCACGAAAGAGAUCUUCAAUAUUACUCACUCAUGGAUGCAAGUUCCACAACUCUGAUGGAUUUGCAGCAACGGACUCGUGAACGGGACUCACUCAUUUGUGAACUGAAAAAGAAGGAUGAACAAAAUGCAUAUUUUAUGCAACAACUUGGUGCUAAGAGCAAAGACUACAGUUGUGGUGGUUAUUCAGCUGGUUCAUCUAGCCACGCACCUCAAACAACCCAGUUUCAGCCAAUUCUUCAAAAUUUUGGGAAUAUUGCUACGACUCGUCCACAACAAUACGGAUAUCAAACGCCCACCGAUGUAAUGUGGAGUCCUUAUGAGUGGACUCCUGAAUUUCCUUAUGCUCGUGAAAUUCCAAUUUUUCGUUUUGUUGGUCCUCAACCUACAGUUCAAGUACCAUAUUCUCAUCAUACAAUUACAACAACUGCACAUGCUCUGACAACAAUGCCUUUUUAUUCUCUUGCAACAUCUACCUCUUCACAAGUGACUAGUUAUUCUCAAAAUGUGAAUUUGGGGCCUUCAAAUUAUCCUCAACAAUGUAAUUAUGGAAUGAAUGUUCCUGUUUGUCUUCAAGUUCGUUUGCUUUCUUUUAAGUAA